UUUGUUUUAGAUGAACUUUAUAAAAUGAGGCACUUUAAUGCUGUUAAAUGAAGUUUUGGCGGCCCCUGCUGUUUAGUGGUGAACUGCAGUUACGCUACGUUUGGUCUUUCUGAGCCACCGUACCUCAGCAGCGGUCUGUGUGUUUCUGUGCUGCGGAAAUGAAAAUAUUAUAGGAUUUCUACUGAAAUCUAUGAAAGAGGUGAAGCACAAGCCAUCCUGAAGAAUCUCCAGAACACACAGAAAUUGUUUGAUACAUUUAACAGACAGAGGAAACAGAGGAAAGUCCCGACAUGGAGGAACAUCAGCACUCUGUCAAUAGUUUUACUAAACAGAGUGAUCUCAAAAAACACCAGCGCAUUCACACAGGAGAGAAACCGUAUCACUGCUCAGACUGUGGAAAGAGUUUUAAUCAUCAGAGUAAUCUCAAUAAACACCAGCGCAUUCACACAGGAGUGAAACCGUAUCACUGCUCAGACUGUGGGAAGAGUUUUACUGAACAGAGUACUCUCAAAAAACACCAGCGCAUUCACACAGGAGAGAAACCGUAUCACUGCUCAGACUGUGGGAAGAGUUUUACUCAACAUAAUACUCUCAAAAUGCACCAGCGCAUUCACACAGGAGAGAAACCGUAUCACUGCUCAGACUGUGGGAAGAGGUUUACUUUCGAGAGUACUCUCAAAAAACACCAGCGCAUUCACACAGGAGAGAAACCGUAUUACUGCUCAGACUGUGGGAAGAGUUUUACUCUACAGAGUACUCUCAAAAAACACCAGCGCAUUCACACAGGAGAGAAACCGUAUUACUGCUCAGACUGUUGGAAGAGUUUUAAUCGACAGUGUACUCUCAAAAAACACCAGCGCAUUCACACAGGAGAGAAACCGUUUCACUGCUCAGACUGUGGGAAGAGUUUUAAUCGACAGAGUACUCUCAAAAUACAUCAGCGCAUUCACACAGGAGAGAAACCGUAUCACUGCUCAGAUUGUGGGAAGAGUUUUACUGAACAGAGUAGUCUCAAAAUCCACCAGCGCAUUCACACAGGAGAGAAACCAUAUUACUGUUCAGACUGUGGGAAGAGUUUUACUCAUCAGAGUAAUCUCAAAAAACACCAGCGCAUUCACACAAGAUAGAAACUGUAUCAGUGCUCAGACUUUGGGAAGUGUUUUACUCAACAGUGUAAUCUCAAACUGCACCAGUGCAUUUACCAAUGCCUUUUUAUUGGUUCAGAAAAAAAUAUUCUUAUCCAGGGAUGAUAUUUAUAGAAUUCCACGUUAUGUUUUCAUGUAUGUUUAAAUACCUACAUUUGUUCAUGCCCUCAGAGAUCUCCACCACUUAGUUAAACAUGUGUUGUAGUAUAAUACGUUUUAAACACAGUGUAGUGGACUAAACAGAGGUUUUCUGCAUCGCUUGGACACACACACACACACACACUACCCCCACUUUAUGGUCUAUAAGGAACUUCAACCCCCAGAACACUCUAAAAGCCUUGGAGUAAUCUUUUUCAAACAGCCUUAAAUUUCAAAAUGACGUUUCCUGACUAUUUCUUCACUCAGCCUCGCUCAAGAGCCCUGAAUGCAAGUUUAGGGUAAACAUUUUUAAAUUCUUUUGACAUUCCUACAGACGCUGUCAGUCGUAAACCUGGAUUUAGGACCGUUAAUGUUUAAACAUCUGGAACUGUGCACAAUUGUGGUUUUGCCAACAGCACCAUCACCAGGACAAGGACGGGACUGCCGGACUUGAGAGAGUGUCCAAGACUUAAUGAAUGUAUUGGAAAUUGUAAAUUCACCAAAUAUCAUACCAAUUAAGGGGUUUGUGCUUAGUUAUUUCUGCAAUCACUUAGAAAUAAGAUUCAUGAAGUUAGGAGAAAUGUUCUAAGCUUGGAAUUCCAUUUUUAACAUUGCAGACCACAAGUCAGUGGGCUGAUAAGCGACUCUUUUUCACCAACCUCUCCCACGGUCGUAAAUUCCGGCCAGCAGCUUUGUCUAAACAUUCACUGCAGAGGGAAUGUAAUUUUUCACUAAGAAUUACUUAAAAUAUAGAUUGACUAUAUAAAAAAGGUGUUUUACAGAUAUUUACCAAAUGCCACUUCUGGUAUAUGUGUUUGGAUAUGUCCUGAUUAAAUUUUCCUAUUGAAGUCUGAAUCAGCAAGGUUUAACUAGCAUUUGAUAAUUUAGCUAUAUUUGGUUAUUAGUAGUUUAACCAUGUUGUAUCUUUUACGUGAUUUAAUUGGGUUUAAAUAAUAACAUGACUCUUGAUCUCUUUUUGACAAGGUACCAUCCAUUGUUGUAUUUCUAAGAUUAUCUUGUGAUGGUAAGAUUGUUGUUUCCUGAAUUUAUCCUCACAAACUGGUAUGCUGAAGACUGUAUUUUGAUCCACUGUUUAAUUGAGUUUUCUUUUGGUUUGGUCUAUUAGUAAAAUAAAAAAAUCUUUCACUAGCUGAAGCAUGGUGACCAUGUGGGGGUGUUUUAUGGCCCUUUGUGAACAGAUCAUCUUCCUCGCCAAAGUUUGAAAUUGCUCCUAGACCAAUUAAAACACAGACACUUGGGCCACAGAGCCAAUCGUAGCUUAAGGUCCAAAGCAGGUUUAAGCUACAGACUCAGUCAGUUAUGGGCAGAGAGUUUUGGAGUCAGUUGAGGAGAGGAGGGCAGAUAGAGAGCAGUUGGAGAAGAGAGAGUAGGGAGCCCAGAGAUGGAGGAAGGAUAGACAGAGAGGAGUUUGGAGUUUAGUUUUUUUUACUAGUUUAGUUUAGUCAGCUUAGUUUAGCAUUCUUAGUACAACUCAUUUAACCUUUUUCAAGCAUAAUGGUAUUAGUUAUUCUAGUUUAAAAUAACUAAGCUAUUUUAUGAUCUACGGAGUUCUUCUGCUCGCCAAAAUAGUUAAUUCAGUAAACCAACUAGACCAACCGACGGAUCACCGAAAGGGUACGCCAGCCGAGCCAGCUCAGGGGAAAGGUUCUCCCUGUGCAGAGACUAGAAGUGGGUGUCGACCAGGUGCGCCGCUGGCCCACAGAGCACUAUCUUUACCCUGCGGAUGGGUCCACGUGGGACCUGCUAGGGGUGCAAGAUGCAAGCCGAUCAAGAGGUUUGAACAGCAGACGGAACUGAUGGGGACCCCUUUGUGGACGUCAGGCAGUUUGGGUAUUUCUUUCAAGAAUUGGUGUUUCGGUUGGUCAAGUCUAGUUUGGUUAUUGUCCUCUUUUCUUAGUAUAGAUUCAUUUUCAGUUGUUGGGCGAGAAGGAUGAACUUUGUAGGUCCUAAAACAUCUUAAUUAUCUACAUAUUUUGGUGUUCUCAUUUGAUUGUUUUGACCUCAUUACAUUUAGACCCUUAUUUAGAAAUCCUCACUUAAUAGUUCUAGUAAUUUUUAUUCCUUUCAUACCAGUAUUAUAACGUCUUUGUUCUUUUAGUUCUCAUUUAUCGUUCUACACUAUGGUUUGAUAUCUAAUGGCUACAUUUAUGACUUUUAAUAAAAUACUUUUAUAUUACAAAA